GGCAGGCAAUGCUUGUCUUAUAGCCCCAUGUCUUUUCAGUAAGCAAUAUUGAUGAGCCUCUGCAACAUGUCUAACCUGUGUGAGUGGUAUGUACUAGACCAGAGCUAGAGGAAAAUAACAUGUUUUCUUCUGGAUGGGAAGGCUUGUUUUGUUGAAAGAAGAAAGAAGAUAAGCUGGGAGGGGGAAUAACUGGCAACUGCCAUUCCCCCCUUCCACAUAGAGACAAGAAAAAACGGAGGCUACUGGAGUAUUUGUUUUUUUCUUUCGUUCUUUGUUCUUCUUCUUCCUCAUCGCCUUGCUGGGAGGUGCUUUAUCUUUUCAUUUGCUUGCUCUCUCCAUCCUCUGCCUCCUCAUCUAUUUCUCCAUUUACCUGGUCUACAAUUUCUUCUAUUUAUGAACGAGAAAAGGAAGGAAAGAGAUUAUUUUUCUUCCUUUUUUAAUUUCCUUAUCCAUUCUCCCCUCCCUUACCAUUCCUAGAACUCCCAAUCUUUCCCCCGUCACCCACGCUCCCCCUCCCCCCAUUUCUCCACUCACUGUCCACCCCAUAACUUUGACUAGUUUUUGAAUCCACCAGUGUUUCAAUUAUCCAGAUUUUUCCGCCAGAAAAGACAAGCUGGUUGAUGACACUAUUUUACCUUUUUCAUGUUUUUACCUUUUCCUAUUUUGUACCUCUUCUUCUCCCACAAUCCUUUGCAUCUCUAUUUUGGGGAUUCUUAUUUAUAUUUAUAGGUAGGUCUCUUAGUGUUUAGUGUCCGUCUCAAUCUGUUUGUGUGUGUUACGCAUCCACAUAACACACACACACACACACACACACACGUUAAUCCACAGUAUGGCUUGGUAGAGGAAUGGUUCUUUCAUCAAAUCAUUCAGCUGGUACUUGUUUUCAUGACAUGCCAUCCCCCUAUGCUCUUUCUCUCCAUCCCAAACAUCACCUUUUUGCUUUUGACCUCCAUCAAAACCACAGUGAUUCAUCCUGCAACGCCUUUCUCUCUUCUCAGAGGAGCACAUUUUCUCUCACAGUAUUGCACAACAGUCUCUUCUUCUCCCAUUAAAUGUGUAACUGCCUCCGUUUCCUUCUAUUGAAUCAUUUUACUCACACAGGAGGAGACUAAUGCAAGGUCCCAAGGCAAACUCCAUAUCUAGCAAAAAAGGAAUAAACCAAUAUAUUAUACUGUUCCCAUCUCAUCCUGCACCUCUUAUGAAACCACUGCUGUCUGAUGAAGACUGUCAAACAUUAUCUGUAGAUCUGCGCUUAAUACUCACUUGUUUCUCAUUCUACUGGUCUAUCACCUGUUUAUGCAUCUCUCUCUACCCCCCACCCCCUCUCCUAUCACUCUCACUCCCUCUGACACACAAGCACUCCAAGAUAAUGGACUAAAACCCUUGCUGCAAUUCUUUACCUUUCAGAGGAUUUUUUUUUCAUUCUUUUCUCAUCUGUCGCUCUCAUUUUAAGCGCCAUUCAUCUCUAUUCCAGCGUUGUUUUCCACCUACACCCCCACAUUUUUAAUUAUCCAGUCAUUUCUUUAUUUGUUGCUCCAUCUUUUUCAUUUGCCAUCAGAAAAUUAUUCACAUAUCCUAAAGUUCUAUAUGUUGGAGGGUAAUUUUGUUUUUCAGAUAUAAUUUGAGAGUUAUGUUUACUUAUAUGGGGAAUCAUUUUUGUGAGUUAUUACUGGGACUACUGGGAUAUAUUUUAAGGGGCAGGUAAUUUAGUGUAAUUAUUUUGGAACAAUGUUUAGCAAUAGAAGGAAAGUGUUGACAGGGUGGUGAAAAGGUUGUAGGGAAUUAGGUUUAUUGCAAACUAACCAAAAAAACAGACUUUUUGGUGAGAGAGGGAGAGAGAGAGGGAGAGUGAGAGGGAAAGAGAGUGUAUUAAUACAGCAAUAGACAUAGACAUAGAUAAGUAGAGCAAACCACAAUUCAUUCUCUCUCCACCUCUCUUUAUAUUUCCUUUUGUUCUUGAAGUAGAAUGUUAUGAUUCUCCUCUACAUUAUAUGAAGAUAUUGGGGAAUGGGAUUUUUUUUUAAAUAUUCUUCACAAUGAUAAAUGCAUUCUGGAUGUAGCUGUUUUCCUGAGGAAUUACUCUCUCGGAUUGGACUCCAAAUGAAAGCCUCUAAUUAACUGUUAAUUGAAAUUCAGGACUUUUUGGUGUUUUUUUCUGAAUGGACUAAAGCUGAUUUUAAUACUUUUUUCUACUAAUGAAUUUUAAUGGGAUUUUACUAUCAAGGAUUAAGAACUCAACAUCUUUUAUCUUCUAGUGAUAUAUUUGUGAUUGUUACAAUUUCUCCUAUCUACAAACACAAUUACAUUUACAAUCACUCAGUAUUAAGGGUUAAUUAGUUCACCCUCCCUCAGUCUGAGGCUAUGAGAGGGAGAGAGGAGUCCCAGGCCACACCAUCAUGCUACUUCUGAGAAGCAGGGAUGACAUUUUGGCUGCCAAUACACAAGGUAUUACAUUUCCACUCCUCGAUUAUGCCUGUCUGCGGCUGCCACAGCCCCUCCCACCCUCAGGAAAGGCGAGCGUCCCCCACGCCCCUGCCCCCCCAGGAGGUGAGACGUCCUCCCCGGCGCCGUGCGGCCCUCUCCUCCCUCUCCCUGUCCCUCCUGGGCCUCCUGAUGUGCCUGUUUCACCUGCCCCCUGCCUGUCACUCUCGCAGAGACAAGGGCGGGGGCGUGGCCCACUACAUCCCCAUGGCCCAGCCCCCCCACCACCAGGUGCUGCCCAAGCUGGUGCAGGGCCUCAGCAUCGCCGUGGUGCUGGUGGGCAACUCUAGCGAGGUAGCGUUGGCGGGCGCCCGGGAGAAGGACGACUUCCUGCACAUGCCGCUGGCGCCCAAUGUGGAAGUACUCACCAUGAACGAGACGGACCCCAAGAGCAUCAUCAAGAGCAUCUGUGACCUGAUGACAGAGCACUGGUUGCAGGGCGUGGUGUUCGGGGACGAUACGGAUCAGGAGGCCAUAGCCCAGAUCCUGGACUUCAUCUCUGCACAGACACACAUCCCCAUCCUGGGGGUCCGCGGGGGCUCCUCCAUGAUCAUGGCUGCCAAGGAUGACAACUCUAUGUUCUUCCAGUUCGGCCCGUCCAUCGAGCAGCAGGCCUCGGUCAUGCUCAACAUCAUGGAGGAGUACGACUGGUACAUCUUCUCCAUCGUCACCACAUACUACCCCGGAUACCUGGACUUUGUCACCAAGAUCCGGAGCACCAUAGAGAACAGCUUUGUGGGCUGGGAGCUGGAGGAGGUUCUGCUGCUGGACAUGUCAGUGGACGAUGGAGACUCGAAGAUCCAGAACCAGCUGAAGAAGCUGCAGAGCCCCGUCAUCCUGCUGUACUGCACUAAGGAGGAGGCCAACACCAUCUUCGAAGUGGCCCACUCCGUAGGGAUCACGGGCUACGGCUACACCUGGAUCGUCCCCUCGCUGGUAGCUGGGGACGCUGAAGUGAUCCCUGCCGAGUUCCCUACAGGUUUAAUCUCUGUGUCGUAUGACGAGUGGGACUACGGCCUGGAGGCUCGCGUGCGCGAUGGGGUGGCUGUCAUCGCCAUGGCAACCUCCACCAUGAUGCUCGACAGGGGGGCACACACCCUGAUGAAGUCUGAGUGCCACGGGGCCACGGACAAGAAGGGGCCCAUUGCUGGGAACCCCAAUGAGGUGCUCAGGUACCUGAUGAACGUGACGUUUGAGGGCCGGAACCUGUCCUUCAGUGAGGACGGCUACCAGAUGCAUCCCAAACUGGUCAUCAUCCUACUGGACAAGAUGAGGCAGUGGGACAAGGUGGGGAAGUGGGAGAAUGGCUCCCUGUCCAUGAAGUACCACGUCUGGCCUCGCUUUGAGAUCUACUCAGGGGCAGAGAGCCGGGAGGACGACCACCUUUCCAUCGUCACGCUGGAGGAGGCUCCGUUCGUCAUCGUGGAGGACGUGGACCCCCUCAGUGGCACGUGUAUGAGGAACACUGUGCCCUGCAGGAGACAGCUCCAAACAAUGCUCGCGGGAAAUAAAACCAUAGAUUCUGGGAUCUAUAUCAAGCGCUGCUGUAAGGGUUUCUGCAUCGACAUCCUGAAGAAGAUCGCCAAGCACGUCAAGUUCACCUACGACCUCUACCUGGUGACCAAUGGAAAACACGGCAAGAAGAUCAACGGCACCUGGAACGGCAUGGUGGGAGAGGUGGAGACGAAGAAGGCCCACAUGGCGGUGGGCUCCCUCACCAUCAACAAGGAGAGGUCAGAGGUCAUUGACUUCUCGGUGCCCUUCAUCGAGACAGGCAUCAGCGUCAUGGUAUCCCGUAGCAACGGCACCGUCUCGCCCUCUGCCUUCCUCGAGCCCUUCAGUGCUGAUGUGUGGGUGAUGAUGUUCGUGAUGCUGCUGCUGGUGUCGGCGAUUGCUGUGUUUGUGUUUGAGUACCUCAGCCCUGUGGGCUACAACCGCUGUCUGGCUGACGGUAGAGAGCCUGGAGGACCCUCCUUCACCAUCGGCAAGGCCAUCUGGCUGCUAUGGGGUCUGGUCUUCAACAACUCUGUCCCAGUGCAGAACCCCAAGGGUUGGACCAGUAAGAUCAUGGUGUCGGUGUGGGCCUUCUUCGCUGUCAUCUUCCUGGCCUCCUACACUGCCAACCUGGCAGCCUUCAUGAUCCAGGAGGAGUAUGUGGACCAGGUGUCUGGACUCAGCGACAAGAAGUUCCAGAGACCCAAUGACUUCUCCCCUCCGUUCCGGUUUGGGACGGUCCCUAACGGCAGCACGGAAAGGAACAUCAAGAACAACUACAAGGAGAUGCAUGGCUACAUGAUCAAGUUCCACCAGAAGAAUGUGGACGAGGCCCUCUAUGGUCUGAAGACUGGUAAACUGGACGCCUUCAUCUACGACGCAGCAGUGCUGAACUACAUGGCCGGAAGGGACGAGGGCUGUAAGCUGGUGACCAUUGGCAGUGGGAAAGUGUUUGCCUCCACGGGCUACGGCAUCGCCAUCCAGAAGGAGUCUGGCUGGAAGAGACACGUCGACCUGGCCAUCCUUCAGCUCUUUGGAGACGGUGACAUGGAGGAGCUGGAGGCCAUGUGGCUGACAGGGAUCUGCCACCAUGAGAAGAACGAGGUGAUGAGCAGCCAGCUGGACGUGGACAACAUGGCCGGCGUCUUCUACAUGCUGGGGGCGGCCAUGGCUCUGUCGCUCAUCACCUUCAUCGCCGAGCAUGCCUUUUACUGGCAACUGCGCUUCUGCUUCAUGGGCUACUGCACGGGCAAGCCAGGCUUCGUCUUCUCCAUCAGCAGGGGCAUCUACAGCUGCAUCCACGGGGUUCAGAUCGAGGAGAAGAGCAGCUCAGCUCUCGACUCUCCAUCGGUCACCAUGAACAACACCCAAUCCAACAUCCUGCGUCUGCUCCGAACCGCUAAGAACAUGGCCUCCCUGUCCGGGGUUAACGGCUCACCUCACAGCGCCCUGGACUUCAUCCGUCGUGAGUCAUCCGUCUACGACAUCUCCGAGCACCGCCGCAGCCUGGCAGGUCACUCGGACUGCAAGCCUCCGUACAUGCCGGAGGAUAACAUGUUCAGUGACUACAUCAACGAGGUGGAGAGGACGUUCGGGAACCUCCACCUGAAGGACAGCAACCUGUACCAGGACCACUACCUGCACCACCACGGAGGCUCUGCCCUGGGGCUCAGCGGCCCGCCACUUAACAGACCCCACAGCCUGGGCAGCAACAGCUCUCUGGAAGGGGGCAUGUUUGACUGUGACAGUUUAGGGGGAGGAGUGGCACCCAUCUUCACCACCCAGCCACGCUCUGCCCUGACCCACAGGAACAUGAGUAAGUUUGACCUGAUUGCCGGUCAGAACCCACCCUCCGGGCCAGGCUUCAAAUCGGGACUUUCAGACCUGUACGGAAAGUUCUCUUUCAAGGGAGGGGCCUCCAGCUCAGGUUACAUCCCCGGGCACGACAGGUACUGUGGGGGAGGGGGCAGAGAGGAUGACGGAAACAUUCGUUCAGACGUUUCAGACAUCUCCACUCACACUGUCACCUACGGGAACCUGGAGGGCAACGCUAAAAAGCGUAAACAGUAUCGCGACAGCCUGAAAAAGAGGCCCGCCUCGGCCAAGUCGAGACGAGAGCUGGAUGAGAUUGAGCUGGGCUACCGGAGAAAGCCCUACCACACAGGCUACCACCACUACCACGGCCACCGCUCCUCCUCCCCGCCCCUACUGGCCUCCGAACGCAAGAGAGGAGGAGGGGGCAAUGCAGGGAGCACAUCCUACCUGUUCCGUGACAAAGAGAGUGUGAGGGAUUUCUAUUUGGAUCAGUUCCGCCCCAAAGAUGGUGUCCCCCAAUGGGAACAUGUUGAUCUGACAGACGGUCCUGGAGGGGGGGGUGGAGGGGGCGGGGACUGCACCAGUUUGGUGUCAGUGGACGACUUUCUGAAACAAAAUAAACCCAAAAAAUCAGAGUCUAAGAGUGGGGGAGGCACAUCAGGGGCGGGGUUGGCAGGAGGAGACUGGGAGUGUCGUAACUGCCGUGCCAGCGGAGGAGGGGGAAAGCAGAUGUCGAUGCAUGGCAGCGGGGCGGGGGAGAGGGGAGGUGGGUACGGUGGAGGGGUUAGUUGUGGAUCCUCGGGCGGUGGAGGGAACAGCCGUCCCAGCUCUGCCACCUGCAUGCGCUGCGAGGGCUGCAAAAAGACAGGCAACCUGUACGACAUCAGUGAGGACAACAACCACCUCUUGGAACAGAUGGGGGGUGGGAAAGGCGGAGGCAUGGGAGCUGUGGGGUUAAGUGGAGGCGCCCAACCUCAAUCUCAAGCCCAGCGUAGGAAGUCUGCCGGCUUUGGAAAGCCCCUCCGACGGCAACACUCGUGCGACACCUUCGUAGACCUUCAGAAAGAGGAGGCAGUCGGAGUCAGGGGGGUCAUGGGGGAUCUAGGAGGGGGCGGUGGGGGCAUGGGGGGUGUAGGAAUGGGCGGGAUGUUGCCUCCUCCCAGAAGUGUUAGCUUAAAAGAGAAGGAGCGCUACAUGGAGGGUGUUAGCCCCUUCGCCCACAUAUUUGAGAGGCAUGGAGGCUCAGAGAGGGAGAAGGAGCGAGACAGAGACCCCCUGUUCUACGGUGGUGAGAUGGCCAAAGAAGCAGGGUCGCCGUUCGGCUUGUUCCGAGGUGGCGAUGGCCUUCACCGCCGCUCAGUGGGGGAGAGGGACAUGAGGGACAGAGAAAGAGCCAUGAUGGAAGGCGGUGGAGGAGGAACCUACUCCUUAUCCAAAUCUCUCUACCCGGAUAGGGUCAACCAAAACCCCUUUAUUCCAACCUUUGGUGACGACCAGUGUCUCUUGCAUGGCGCCAAACAAUACUACAUGAAAAAGCAACAGCAGCAGCAGCAGAUGCCCCCCAAAAACAGCCGAAGUGACUUCCGGGGCUCGGUGGGUGUGACGUCUUUCUUGCCAGCGACUGCCACUGCUGGGGUCAUGUCCACCGUGGCCCCCAGGUUCCCUAUGGAGCUGUGUCUGGGAGGGAACCUCCACGGCUCCACGCUGGGUGUGGGGCCAAUACAGCGUCCGUUCAAUGGCAGCAACGGGCACGUGUACGAGAAACUCUCCAGCAUAGAGUCAGACGUGUGAGAGAGGAGACUGGGUGGGGAGGCACGGAGGGAGGGAGGCAUGGCAUUAGUGCUGGGAAGUCAGGGAUGAUGGGGCACCACUGUCCACAUUGCAACCACAACACUUGUUACAAGGAAGGAGAACAGUCAGGGAAGAGAAGAUGAACGACAGAAUGGUGAAAAGGUUCGACAGAAGAGAGCAGGGUGAGUUAGAAGGAAAGAUGGGGACAUUCAUGCCCUGUUAUUUUGUUACAAAACAAUGAAUUCAAGAGGUGACACGUGGGUAGGGUUAUGUUAACUCUAUUAUUUAUUUGGCCGUUGCCAUCAACACACUCAAAAAGAACACAAAAUUGACACCUCUGAAUGUGAUAUUACAAGUUUGAGCCAAAUGGCUUAGAGUCACACCUACAGAGUGAUUAUGAGAAGGGAAUGUGAGUGAGUAGUGAAGUGUCCAUCUGGUCAAGUGUUAUUAGAGAAAGGAGAUGUUGUCAUGACUCAUGUUUAUGAUAGCUCUGAGGCCGAAAAUGAGUUUGGCCGUGUUUACCCCGUGCACUAACUCUUCCUUUUUCGCCUCUACACUCUUAGAGAAAAGGAUUCCAAAAGGGUUAUUUGGCUGACCCCAUAGAAGAACCCUUUUUGUUUCCAGGUAGAAUCCUUUAUGGUUCCAGGUCCACCCUCUGUAGAACAGGUUCUACAUGGAACCCAGAAGGGUUCUACCUGGAACCUAAAGGGUUGUACCUGUAACCAAAAAAGAUUCUUCAAAGGUUAUUUUAUGGGGACAGCCGAAGAACCCUUUAAGGUUCUAGAUAGCACCUUUUUCUAAGUGAGUUGUUCUGCUCCCUUACACUCUCUGCUCCCUUCUGCUCCCUCCCUUUGACUCUUGUUUGUUAUGAUAAUUCAAUCAUAAAUGGAAAUAAGAUAUUCUUACUGAAAUAACAGGGUAAAACAACAAUAAUGUUAUUAACAUUGUGAUUAACAAAAGUGAUAUUUUGAAGUGCUUAUGACAUUAAGUUUGUUUUAUGUUCCUUUGAUAUUUCAAUACUGUUUAAUAUUUGUUGUUAUUUCUUUGUCUGCCCGAUGGUGGCAGGAAGCUUGUUAUCUAAUUCAACUAACAAGCCUGAAGGACUGAGUGAAAAGUCAUUAGGUCUCUUGUUUUUGUUUUAAUGAUAUACAGUCCAUGCUCAUUCAUUAAUUUGCUGUUUUUAAAAUUGUUACGGAAAGAUCUGGAAGACAUCAUUUGCACAGUGCUGAACGGUUCUUCUUUGUUUGAAGUUUCAAGAGAUUUCACACCCUGUUUCUGAACAGGUCAACAACUGUGAAAGACAUCUCUUGUCAUAAAGCAGAUGGCUGAAGAUACUGACUGAAGGCCUUAAAGGACUCCAGAUGAUGUGUACCCCAGAGAGCUCAGCAGGGGGGCGUGGUGUAACGGCAUGAUGCGUACUGAACACGGUGUUAAGAUGUGUGCAAUAUCCACUUGUCUUGAAGGGAAAACGUGCUGCUCUGAAACCAAGUCAUUAUUUACAGAUGUGAGACUGAGAGACUGUGGUGUGUUUCAAGACAAUAACAUAUUUGAUAACUAACACUUAACUUGAUGUGGACAUUUAUUACACAGACAUUACAAUACCAUCGGAAGUGCUUCAUAAACCUGCCACACACCCAUACUAAAGAACACCACAUAUACUGUCAGACUGCUGUGCCUCAUCUAACAAGCAUUUGAUCAACCCUUUUGGAUUCAGGUUCUUAGAAAACAGCCAGCAGCCUCCUAGGCUCACUUUUUAACACACCACUUAUCUCGUAAAAGCCGUUGCGUUCACGCUCUGAAGUUAGGAAGGUCCAUACGGGCUUAUGAGACACAUUGAAGAAGCAUUGUGAAUGGAGUUUUACUUCACGUCAGUCAGAGUGUUUCAUGUGUAUUAUAGGCGUAUGCUCUGUAAUUCUAAAUUUAACUCAAAUCCUCUUAAAAGAUGUUGUUGCCCAAAGAAGAUGGUAAUGGUAUUGAUUAAAGGCUGAAUGUAAGUCGUGAGGAUGUCUCUAAAAGGGACAUUCCUCCUCAGACUGAGGCAGUUAGACGGAGGAUAUCUUGGGAAUGCUCACGCUGUAUGCUUUGACAGAUGUUGACAGUACUUUUAACCUGAGACCUCUAUAUUGCACUGAACCUCCACCCCCCUGGGUUCAGACUUUCAGAAAUACAUGCCUUAUCAUAUGAAACUGACUGAUGACACAAGAUAUUGUACAGCGUACGAGCCUAUCAGUUAUUUAAAGGUUUGUCUUCAAUUAGUAUGAGGUGUCAUGUGUUCAAGGGCUGCAGGAAAUUGUGUUUCAGUGCUGAAUGGAGAUUGAAGGUGCUGAGGGAGUAGAUUGCGCCGAGUCAUUCCUACUUCCAAUAUGAUCAAACUGCACCUCUGUAAUAUGGAGGUGGGAGAUGGAGGGGAAAUGAUUGAGUGAUAACAGCUGUUUUCCUAGACCUGCUGCUAAUCUAUUCAUUUAUUCAGUACCCACCUCUUUCUCCAUACUAUUAAGAUGAAACCCUUCAUGUUAGCCUUAAAUCAAACGGAGUCAACACCCCCCAUGAAUUACUUCACAAAUGGAUGGGUAUCUUUGGACUUUUUAUCUGCACAUGUUUUGGAUGGUCGUCCAAUAUCAGAAAGUUUGAAGAAGCAAUGGAAAAGAAGAGGAAGAAAUAAGAGAGAGUGAGAAAGAAAAUAGAGUUAUUAUCAAUCAAUGUCAGCAUUAGUAUGUUCUCUUUUUCCCUGUAAAUAUAUUUAAAAGCUUUUUUCCCUUUGUACAGUAGGCAGACAGUCAGGAUGUAACUUUCAAUAUGUUUUACAACAAUUUAAGAAAUAAACCAAAUGGUAAUAAAAACAUAAAAAUACAAAAACAAAAAUAUGCAAAAUAUAGUUAAGACAAAUAUGAUUAAUAAUGAUAAGUGAUAUGAUUGAACCUUUUAUUUGCUUUAAAUCUCAUGUUUACUUAAUUAUAAAAGUUCACCAGUAAAUAUAAUUAUUAUUUUAAGAAUAUGCUUUUGCUUAAUUUCAGUAAAGUGUUGGAAAUUGAAGAUAAUUUAGUGUAGACGUUUGGUGAUAAGGGGGAAGGUUUAGUUUACGAGUCUUUGCUAAGUUUCCCUUGAAUUGUGUUAGAUUCUCUUUUAAUUAAGAUAGGCUACUCUUCAUGCUUUACGGGACACACACAAUUAUCUAUACAUUUAUGUAAUACAGUAUUACAUGUAUACAUACCAGUAGAUGGCUUUUGCAUAUAGAGACUGUAUAUUGUGAUCCUUCAUUUAAGCAAUCCUCAUUAAUUAAGUAAUUGACUGCAAGAUAAUUUGUGUUAUGUUGCCCUUUAUUCAACUGGGAUCUGAUGCCGAUUGCACUGGUGUCGAUAGAGUCUACACUACGCAGGACUGGCUCUUCCUCCUCAUUCUGUGUAUCUUUAAUAAGGAUAAUACUGAUAUCUUCAGUGAUACGUGUCAGUAGCACUGGGCACAACACAUUGGACAUUUCCCAGUGUUGCUCUCACACUAACAGAGGAUGGUGGUGCAGAUGGGGUCAAAAGGAAGUGGUGAGCUUCAUCACAUUGAAGAAUCCAUCUGAAAUGGAAAUGCAGUUUUCCAACCCUUUAUAGAAUGAUGAAAUGUUUCGCAUCCAUGUCACCUAAACAUAAAGUGCAGAUGGUUAGAAAUGAAGGGUGAAUCAAGUAAUUCAAGGUAAUGAGUUGACAUCAUUAUGUUCAUUUGGGUUCUUGUCAGAGAAAGAAUGAUAUCCUUUGUGAUGUAUUUAUCCUUGAUCAGAUCUCCACUGUGUGUCAAACUGUUUGGUAUGCAUGUGUGAGGAGGUAUAUAUGUUGUCUAAGACAUUAUUUACUCAUCUGCUAGUUUUUGUCUGAGCAUUAUUGGUUUCAAUAACUUUCAAUGAGUUUAUUUUCCAACUUUUUGGGAGAGAUCAUUUUAGCUUGACAUUUCUCAUUCAAAUGCAUUCAUGUCCAGAGGGUUUUUUCUGAAAAUGGAAAUUGAAAGAUGUGUUUUCACUGCACUCUGUCUGGGUCUGCAUAUUUUUUAUGCAACUCCUCAUGUUGAUUUUACUCAUCGCAAUAAACUGCAUGAUCCCUUGGAGUGUUUGUGUUGGAAUCUACUGGUGUGUUGAUUAGUCUUGAAUGUAAGAAUCCCUUUAAACGUACAGGCCUACAUUGUGAUAUGGAUGGUCAGGAACUCUUCUUGAAAAUGGCACACUGGUCUUAACCGUUUUUUUCACUGAUUGGACAGGGUGGAAUAAAUUGAUACUGCUUUAUACAGGCUGUCAUACCCUUUACCACAACUACUCUACGGCCAGCAAGUGAGAAACAGCAAGCAGUGUUUAUUUCUCCAAGGCCUUUUGGUCCCAGUCACACUCUGUGCACAAGCAUGUCAGUACACAUACACAUUUGUUUAAAUGGGAUAUGAAGCAAAAUGCAAUGUCACAUCAGCCAAAGCAAGGAAAUGCUCUGCCAUGGUAGUGGACUGUAGAACAGGCCGAUGCUAUUGGGUGAAUACUCCAACUGGAACACGUUUAUCUAAUAUGAUAACAAACACCACUACGUCUACAACCACGGUUUAUUCCUGCAUUUCAAAGUUGAAUAAACAACACUGGUUUCAUUGUGUUUUUAUUAUAAUAUUGAUGAAAAGGACUUACAAUUUUUGAACUAUUUAAUUUGUAUAACAAUAUAAACUUUGAUAGUAAUAGUAUUACAAUUAUUACAUUGAGAACACAGUGAUUGGUUACAGGCCUAUUCUCACUUGAGUGCUUUGGACAAAUUAACGAAAAAGUUAAUCUUAUGAAUAUUGAUGGGUUUUGCAAGGAUUAACAUUGCAACUUUAUGCAUUUUUUGUUGUGCUCUCAUUUCUUGUAGAUUGAAUGAAAGUGGUGCACUGUGUGUGUUUUUGUGUGUAUGCUUGAAUGGUUGAUCAGUUGUGGUCGUGUGUUUAUUGGAGCAUAUAACAUGUAUAACGGUUUGAUUUUCUUUUGUCUUCAUGAUUAAGAUUCAUAACAUGACAAAUGUUAUAGUAAUGUGGGUAACAUUGGUUAAGGGGUUGUUGCAAAAUGUAUUUUAUAAAAAAAUAUUAAUUGCUGAGAGUGUGUACAGACAGCCUGCGUUUUAGGGCAAGGUUUGUGAUCUUUCUUUACCCCAGCUGAAUAUCCUGAUUGAAUUUACCAUGAGUAGGUGAAAUGUAACAUGAAUAGUAUCAACUGUAUACAUAUUAUUGUAGGCCAUUAUUUUCUCCUUUUGUGGCCCUUUCUUUGAAAUGUUACACCAUUUUUACACCAUUAUAUAAACAGAAAAGUAUAUACAAAUAAAGAAUUGUACAGAUUGUGUAAAUAUGAAUAUUGGAGAAAACAUUUAAACUCAUUCCUUCAUUUUUUUUGUAUGGAAAUGAUUAAAUUACCCACAAUAACAAAUGAAUAAAGUCAUUGGAUAUUUGCACACAAAAAAUCAUCAUGGUACCUCCAACAAGGAUAAUACUGAUAUCUUCAAUGAUAAGUGCUAAAAUAUGACUUAUUUCUCUUUGUACGUGAUGAACAAAAAUUACGUGUUGAGUAUUAAUUAAAACAUGCCAAGUCUUACAGAUUUGGGGAUGA